AUGUCGACAAGUAUUACUCUCACAACAUUUCUGCUCCUUAUAAUCCUCUCUACAAUCAUUGCAUGGAUCCAAGAGUAUGUGCAAUGCCAAGAAGAAUCAUCAUCACACUCUUCACUGAUCUCUUUGAUUCCCUCUUCUCAAAAAGCAUUUGCUGGAAACCUCUUCAAUUCAAUAUUGCCACAACAAUCCUCAUCUUCUCAAAUAGAUUCAUUCCUCACAUACAACACUGUACUUUCUCCAUUCUCUCUUUUUAUGGUUCUUUCCAUGCUUACAAUAGGAUCCCGUGGUGACACCCAACACGAACUGUUACAAGCACUCUCAUUGGAUCAAUCCAAUUCUCUAGACGUAACACAGUUUUCACAAGCAAUGAACGAAAUUAUUUCUAGUUAUUCCAAUACCUCCAGAGAGUUAUCUAUUGCAAAUGGCCUCUUUGUUGAACAGACCUUCAACAUUUCACAAGACUUUUCAAACGCUAUUGUGUCACAAUUUCAUUCUGAAAUUCGCAAAUGUGAUUUUGUCCAAAAUUAUGAGAAGGAACGUAAUUUGAUUAAUUCAUGGAUUUCAGACAAGACCCAUCAUUUGAUCAAAGAUGUCUUGCAACCUGGCUCAAUUGUUCCCGAGACAAAAUUACUAUUGGUCAAUGCAAUUUAUUUUCUUGGAAAAUGGAAAGUUGCCUUCAACCCUGAACAAACUGUCUCUGGAAGAUUUCGAUCAUUAUCAGCUCAUACUAAUUCUGAGAUCACUGUUCAAUUCAUGACCAAAAGAAAAAUCUUAGAAAAAUAUGGAGAAAAUGAUUUGUACAAAUGGUUGAAACUUCCAUACAGUAAUGACAAUUUUGAAAUGCUCUUUCUAUUUCCAAAAGAAAACGUUGAAUUAAGCGUAGAGAAUGAAAAGGAAUUCAUCAAAUGGAUCUCGAAAAGGUUGACAAACAAAGACCAACAUGACGAUUUGGCCAAUUCGAAUCACUCGGAAAAUAAUUCCAUUUCACAACAAUUGUCCUUAUCAGAAUUAUUUUCAACUUCCUCCACGAAAGUAAGAAUUGUGCAAAUUCCAAAAUUCAAAGCAGAAAUUAACACCUUAGAACUUUCUGCCAUUCUCAAAGAAUCUCCUUUCCACAUGGAAACAAGUUUUAACAUGGAGAAGGCAAAUUUUUCAGGAAUUCUCACACCAGAAUCUCUAGCAGCAGGUGGCCGCUUGUGGAUUGAUAAGAUUUAUCACAAGGCAAUGCUAAAAGUGGAUGAAUCUGGUACAGAAGCAGCAGCAGUGACUGUCGCAAGAGUGAAUUAUCGAAUGGCCGUCCCAACCAGUGCAAUGCCAGAAUUUGUGUUGAAUCGACCUUUUUGUUUCAUUCUUUCACACAUUCCCACUCAAAGCGUGUUAUUCGUUGGGAGGGUCAACCUUGUAUCUUGA